GCAUUCUCAUGUUUUUGGUUCCUCUUGAGCAGUCCAGUCACAGCCCCAUGGUCACAGCAGUAGUCUAUCAGACUGCGCUCUUCCCACACUUUGUUCGAGUGUUUUGAAUCAGUUGAAUAGCUGUUAUCUUUUAAGAUGUGGAGUUAAUGUAAACGGAAGCUGUUUUAGGAGCUGACCCAUGUUCAGCUCGUAUAAGAAGCAGUAUUAAAUAGUUCGACGCUAGCUGAACGGCUAGCUAGCAAACAAAGCAAAACCCAGCUAGUCGGAAUCCCUGUCAACGAAAGGGAAGACAUCUUUCUGACCAUGACAGCGAUGCGCGUGGACGCCAAGGUGGUUAUGCUGGGAAAAGAGAGUGUUGGAAAAACCAGUCUGGUGGAGCGAUACGUCCACCACCGUUUCCUUGUUGGACCCUAUCAAAACACGAUUGGAGCUGCUUUUGUUGCCAAGCCAAACCAUGUAGGAGAUAAAGUUAUAACUCUAGGAAUAUGGGACACAGCGGGAUCAGAGCGCUAUGAAGCCAUGAGUCGGAUCUACUACCGGGGGGCACGAGCAGCAAUCGUGUGCUAUGACCUAACAGACAGCAGUAGUUUUCAGCGUGCCAGAUUUUGGGUAAAGGAAUUACAAAACUGUGAAGAGCACUGCAAAAUCUACUUGUGCGGUACUAAAAAUGACCUAAUUGAAGCGGACAGAGGUGCUCGACAUGUGGACUACCAUGACGUGCAGGACUUUGCUGAUGAGAUUGGGGCCCAACAUUUUGAGACUUCUAGCAAAACUGGAAAUAACGUGGAUGAACUGUUCCAAAAGGUUGCUGAAGACUAUAACAGUUCAUCGUUUGAAGUCAUGCCUGAAGAAAAAGGGGUAGACCUUGGUCAGAAGAAGGACUCGUAUUUUUAUGCCUGUUGCCACCACUGACUGAUGUGGUUUUGCCUGUGGCCAGCCAACUACACCAGAGCCUCUUGCUCCCAAAGGGGAACUUCAUUCCUUGGUCAUACGAUCUGUGCAUCUUUUUAUCAACGGCAUCCACAAAAGAAACGCUGCCAUUAUCGUUUUGUGCCAAGCACCAGUGUUGUUCUUCCUUCUGCUUUUUUUUUUUUAUCUUUGCAGUCAUCCAUGCCAUGUUUUGGCAGGACAGGACCUCAGUGGAGGAGAAGACUUUUGUUGUAUUGUACUGAGUCAUCACUCCAGUUCCUUGCUCUCUUCUGUGCCUCCUCUGAGGCAAAGGUGUGGCGGAAGAAGGGGAUUGGUGCCAGAGGCGCCACAGUGAUCCCAGCUGGAACAAUGCCCCUGUGUCCACCCUCUCCAGCGCCUGUUCCAGUGGGAGCACCUUCUGUCUGCUAAAGACUGUUUACUUUGCUCUCAUGUCCUUCACUCUGCUUUCUGCUUCAGAUACUGACAGUGCUAUUUUUUUCUCAUUUCUAUUUUUUUUUUUUUUUUUUUUAAAUAAUUCCUCUUUGCAACCUGUUUGCUUUCAUUGAUUGUUUGAACACUAUUUAUAUCUCGUUUUUUUAUUUUUAUUAUUCUGACCCGUGAAUGAUGGAGGAUGACCAUUCAGUCAUUCCGUAUAGAGUAAAGUUUAUCGUUCUUUCACCUCAGCAGCACAUUUUGCUAGUUCAGUGUUUUAUCCACUUGAGCUAACUCAUAUAAAAUAUGUUAUACCCACACAAAGAGAGCUGUGAGUAGGAAUACUUGUUCUCUAGUGCACAAGUUUUGCACACAAAGACCCCUCUACCAAAUUGAUCUUGCACAGCGACAGAGCAGGCAGAAUGGGCAGUGAUGAAUUUUGAAGAAUGUCGUGUUUAAUGUUUACAAUGUUUUUAGUGGUUUGUUUUAAUUUAAUUAUACUUAAAGUGUGCAUUUUGAAGAGCCUCUCAAGUAUCUUUGUGUGAACAUGUGAGGAAGUGGCUUUACUAUGUGUGCCUCGACAGGACAUGUACAAAAGCAUAAUCUAGUUGGUCGGAACAAAUCGUUUCACUUUUUAGCUAUGUUUACAGAGCUUAGUUUACAGUUGCUAAGAUCUGGGACAAAUACAGCAUUUGAAUGAAUGUAAUCAAUGUGGAUAUGCAUUUUUGCCUGAAAAAAGUUGCAAAAGAUGCUCAUUAUUAUCACUCCGAUCUUGCACAAAUACCAUCUAGUCCUACUUCUGGAUGUGUAGCACAAGAUGAAUUUCAUGAUUAAUGUCAUUUCAGCUGGAUGAUCUGAAUGAGAUAAUUGAAUAUAAGUAAACCAGCAGUUGUCAUGGUACAAUUGGCCAUGGAAAAAAAUACACUGACAGAGGACAGGCAUUCAAGUAGGCAUCCCAUGAAGACAUGAUCAUGUUUCCAACCAAAUCAUGAAGCACUUAGCUUUUGAAGUGGUAGCAUGGUUUUCAGAGCCAUGUGAAGUAUAGAAGGAAACUUGGGGGCAGUGUAUGCAUGUGUUUCUCUUUCUCUAAAACUGGAUAGGACAAACUGAUAUCUUGGUCCCAGAGUGAUGUGCACUCUUCAGUUUGUGUGAUUUUGUCUAAACAAUCCAAAUUCUCAGUCAUUGCCUCUGGGUUUCACACAUGCAUAUCCGUGUAUAACUGGUCUUCAAACAGGGUUUUGACUUCAUGGCCAAACUGUAACUUGUGCAGGAGAGCUUCAGAAAAUGUGAUCGAUGUCGUGCAACACAAGCACAAAACGACGCUCAUUUAAGUUCUUUGUAGUCUGCUUCUCUCAAUUUCCUUUCCCCCAAUGAAUUUUGUUGGUGUGUGAAGCUUUGAAGCGCUGAUGAGUCCCAAGGCUGUAGAAGGCUGUUCCUGCCUACGGUUCCUGGUUUUCAGGGGCCUGGAUUCUCAAAUGACUAUGUAGCACUUGAAAACGAACAUAACCUGCAUUACACAUCACGUUCCAUAUCUCUACACUGCCUCUUUUGACAUAGGAUGGACUUGUUCUGUUAUGACUGACACAAGUGCCACAUGGAUGGUUGAGAAUGCAGCCCCUGGAAAGAAAAGCAUUGUUCUCAGAACUUCCUCAAUGUAAUGAGACACUAUGGGUUUGAGCUGAUAUAUCCACGUGUAUGGUGGUUGAACUAGAAAUGAUGUGAGGCAUCUCAAAUAAAACUCAAAAAUAUCAA